AUGGAUUCAAAGAAGUCUAAUAAGAUCAGUGAGAUUGUUAGGCUUCAGCAGAUCCUCAAGAAGUGGAAAAAGCUUGCAAAUGCACCAAGAAACAGCAACAAAAAUGGCAGCCACAGCUCUACUUCCUCCUCCUCCAACAAUGGCAGCAAGAGCAUCAAGUUCCUCAAGAAGACUCUCUCCUUCACAGACACUAGUUCAAUGCUUUCUACCGAGGUCGUCCCAAAAGGGUUUCUGGCCGUGUGCGUGGGGAAGGAGCUGAAGAGGUUCAUCAUCCCGACAGAGUAUCUGGGUCACCAGGCAUUUGGGGUUCUGCUGAGGGAAGCCGAAGAAGAAUUCGGGUUUCAGCAGGAGGGUGUGCUCAAGAUCCCAUGUGAAGUGGCUGUGUUUGAGAAGAUCUUAGAGGUGGUGGAAGAGAAGAGAGAUCAUGUGUUUUUCCUAAAUGCAGAGAAGGAGAUGAUUGGUUGUUGCUCAUCCUCAGAUUGUGAGCUCACACCCUCUCAUCAUCCUCAAAUGUGUAGAUGA